AUGGACCUAUUAAUCCAAAAAAGAAAAAACAGACAUCUUUUCUUCACUCUUCUGUAUCUUGCCCUGUUGGAGAACUUGGGCUCUACUCAGCAUAUACCACCUACAGCUGGCCCAUUGUUUAACGGCUAUCCAUUUGUGGCUGUGUGGAAUGCCCCAAUAAAUAUAUGUGAAAAUAACCAGGUUACUCUAGAUUUCGCACCGUUUGCAGCUGUGACUACACCCCAAAAGAUAAAAGACCAGGAACUAACCCUCUUUUAUAGUGACAGAUUAGGGCUAUAUCCAAAUGUCAAUGAAACAACAAAGCAAGAAUUCUACGGUGGCAUUCCACAAAAAGGUGAUUCAGCUGCCCACUUAAAAAAAGCCAAAAAUGACAUAGCAUAUUAUAUUCCAUCCACAGCUUCCCCAGGAUUAGCUGUCAUUGACUGGGAAGCAUGGAGACCACUAUGGGAUAGGAACUGGAACUCAAAAGCUAUAUACAGGACCCUGUCUAUCAUUUACACGAAACAGCUGAAUGACUCUUUGUCACCCCAACAGACUAUAGCUGAAGCAAAAGAACAGUUUCAGACUGCUGCCAGAAACUACAUGGCAGACACAUUAGCACUUGGACUAAAGGACCGACCACAAGAACUGUGGGGUUACUAUCUGUUCCCAAACUGUUAUAAUUAUGAGUACAAAGAUGUGAGCAAACCCUAUACAGGCAAAUGUUCCCCUCAAGUGCAAAGUCAAAAUGAUCAACUCAUAUGGUUGUGGGAAAAAAGCACCGCACUCUAUCCCUCAGUCUACUUGUCUACACUGCUGAAAGAGUCUUACAAGGCAGCACUGUUCGUGCGCAAUUGUGUCCAAGAAGCAAUGCGAGUAGCAGCUCUUCCCAAACACUCUUUCACUGCUCCUGUAUAUGUGUACAACCGUCCAGUUUUUGUUGACAGCAACAAACAAUUUUUGAAUGAGAAUGAUCUGAUCAACACCAUUGGUGAAUCUGCUGCAGUUGGAGCCUCGGGUGUAAUCUUAUGGGGAGCUAGUGCAGACUAUGAUGACAAGGCAUCAUGUGAAGCAUUGUCUCGCUACCUGCCUUCAACUCUGAACCCCUACAUUGUAAACGUGACUGCAGCUGCCAAGCUUUGCAGUGACAUGCUUUGUCAGGGCAAUGGGAGAUGUGUCAGGAAGAAUUAUGAUUCCAAUGAUUACCUCCAUCUCAAUCCCGCUAACUUCAAGAUACAAAGAGGCUCAAAUGGAAAAUACUUUGCUGUUGGCAUGACAAGCUCUGCUGACCUGACCAUUUUUAUGAACAAAUUUACUUGCCGGUGUUAUGCAGGAAAGAGCUGCAAAGCUAAUUUACCAGCCAGUUUUCCACAAACUCCGACUGUCAUAAACAUUUAG